AUGACGAGAGGCAAUCAAAGAGAAAUCGAUAGAAAGAGAGCUGAAGCUAGAAAAGCUCAAGGUCCACAAGGCAAACAAGAAGAUUUCAAUGUUAGAAAAGAAAGAGAUAACAAGGCACUUUUAGAUAAACAAAAGGCAUUUAAUGAUAAAAAACAAGCAGAAGAAGAGGCUGCUCUUGCUGCAAAGAGAGCUGCUGCAGCCAAGAAAUAG